UCGCUUGAAAACGACCUUUGUUUCGCAUUCGUCGAUUGGCUCUCUUGGUGCUGUGGCGUGGGAAAUCUAUGCCACUGCAACUGGCACCGCUGCACAGCCAUGAUCCACCGUUUCAGCUUCCAGUCUCCGGCUCGGUCACGAUUGGCCGCCGGCCCAACAACACGUUGGUUUGCAAUGACAUUUCUGUCAGUGGAAAGCACUGCGAGAUCUCGAUCGCGUCUGGUUCUGUCAAGAUCUCUGACUGCAGUACCAAUGGUACAUACAUCAACGAUGAACGCAUCGUCAAAGGCGAGGUGGCAGAGGUUCAUCCUGGCGAUGUCAUAGCUCUCACGAAGCCGCAUCCACCAGGUGCAUUAGACAGUACGGUGGAGGCUGCGGUAAGAGUGCAGUUCCGCCUGGAACAUGCCACAGGUGCACAGAGUGAUGCAAAUGGCAAUGGCGGUCUCACUUCUACGGCGCUUCGAGGAGAGCCAGCAGCAACGUUCUCGCAAAGCUGCCCACUGAAUCCGCCGAAGCGGGCAUCAACCACUGCGGAAGGCUUUGCACAUGACCUGCUGAUGCAGGAGCAACAGUGCAAAGCCAAGAUUACCGGUGAGCUUUUGCUCGCACGCCGACGGUUGGACGAGGAACGUUCCAAGAGCGACAGCCUUGCAAGGGACCUGAGGAAGGCCAAAGCCAACUUGGAAGAGGAGCGUCGCCGAAAGAGCGCUGCUCUGGAUGGCCGAGAAGCGCUGAAAGCAGAGGCUGCCAAGUUGAAAGACAAUCGUCAUCAACUUCCAGAGAUGAGGACAGCCGCCCGUGAAGACAACCCCGGUUGGUUGAUGAUUAUAGUAAUCAUUGGAUUGGUUUAA